CUUAAAACCAUUAUAGGGCAUGGUAUUUAAAUGUAUUAACCCAAGGAAUCACGAAAAUUAUCAAAUACAGAAAUGAAAGAAUGCCUUUAGAUAUCAAAAUCUGAAUUCCUUGAGUAAAUCAAUCUAGAAUGUUCUGGUUGCAUAUCAGCCCUUAAAGAUUUCAUUACCCAAAAAAGGAAAGACUAGUUCAUUAGCAUAGACCAAGACAUAAAAUUAAAUGAUGAUCUGAUCAAUUCUCAAAGGAUAUUCAAGACCUUUGCAAAAUUAUAAAGUUUUGGAGAAUCAAUAAAAACUAUAAUAUCGAGUAUUUUCAAAAAGUCAGCUCCUCAAAACAAUAAGAAGAGGUGUUAAUUGCACUCAUUGAAGUAAAAUACAGAAAUCAACAUCUAAGAACAUGUUCAUUAUAUAUGCAAUGAAAUUGUGGACCAAAAUGAAAAUUGUAUUAUCUAAGAUAGAGAAUUUGAUUAUCAUUUAUAAGUAAUCACAAAUUAAUUGGAUUUAGAAUUAUUUGAAAACUAAAAAAUUCUGUCCGUCUUGUAAAGAAAAUAUUUAGGCAACUUUAAAGCAUUUUAAAUUACAAGUCCCUUAACCUGACUGUGCAUGCAGUAUUAUUUGUUUUAUAAAAUAUGAUCACUUGAAAUGUGAAAUCCAUAUUCCAUAUGAUGUAUUGAUUAUCUUAUAUUCUCAGCCUAUCUUAUUGAAUGCAUUAUUGAACAAGGCGCAAAUACAACCAUUUUAUUAGCAUGCUUCAACAAAAGAGGAUGCCUAAGAGGAAUUACUAAUUUGUAUUGGACUAUUAAUAAAAGAUAGGUUGUCAUCUCUCUACAGAGAAAGACAAACUUAAGAAAUUAUUAAAUAUAUUUUCUAUCAAUAAAUAGGGGAAAUAUUCAAAAGAAGAUUGGAAAAUUAUAGUAAAAUAAAGGGAGAGCAGAAAUCCUAAUUGGAAGAGUUGGAGUAGUACUUAAAAAAAGUAGAUGAAUAGAAGGAUAAAUAGAAAAAGAAGAGAUAAUUGAAGAAGAAGAAGAGAAAGGAACAAUAAUUAUGUACAGAUGGAUCAAUUCUUACAAACUAUCUACAAGAAUCCUCUCGAAGAUCUAUUUCUCCCUCCAUCAGUGAGAAAAAUCUGUUGAAGUCUUUUGGUUGGUAAGGUAGCCCAUCAGUUUCUCCGUAAACAAGAAAGGAAUUAGAAUUCUUAUAAAAAGAACAUUUAUAAGAAAUAAACAAUAGACGAAAAUAAUUAAGAGAAUAAACUAAACAAUGUUGGUGUGAAUGGUGUAACCAUCAUAAAUAAAAAUGAAAAUUAUUUUAUACAUAUUUAUAAGUG